CGGGCGCGACUGCGGCGGCGGCGGCGACUCGGGCUGGGCGGGCGGCCGGGGGGCGGCGACGCCAGCGGACUCGGCAGCCGGAGCCGCAGGGACAGCCGAGCCAGGGCAGCGGGUUCCCCAGCCCUCCAGGAAAAGAUGCCUGAACAAAGCAACGACUACCGCGUGGUGGUGUUCGGGGCUGGUGGCGUUGGCAAGAGCUCGCUAGUGCUGCGCUUCGUCAAGGGCACGUUCCGAGACACCUACAUCCCCACCAUCGAGGACACCUACCGGCAGGUGAUCAGCUGUGACAAGAGCGUGUGCACGCUGCAGAUCACCGACACCACGGGCAGCCACCAGUUCCCGGCCAUGCAGCGCCUGUCCAUCUCCAAGGGCCACGCCUUCAUCCUGGUCUUCUCGGUGACCAGCAAGCAGUCGCUGGAGGAGCUGGGCCCCAUCUAUCGGCUCAUCGUGCAGAUGAAGGGCAGCGUGGAGGACAUCCCCGUCAUGCUGGUGGGCAACAAGUGCGACGAGACGCAGCGCGAGGUGGACACGCGCGAGGCGCAGGCCGUGGCGCACGAGUGGAAGUGCGCCUUCAUGGAGACGUCGGCCAAGAUGAACUACAACGUCAAGGAGCUGUUCCAGGAGCUGCUCACGCUCGAGACGCGCCGCUCCAUGAGCCUCAGCAUUGACGGCAAGCGCGCCGGCAAGCAGAAGCGGACAGAGCGGGCCAAGGGCAAGUGCGCGCUCAUGUGAGGGAGCCGGGCAGGCCCCGCCCCUGGAACCCGGGCCACGCCCACGCCAGCCCAGGCCCCGCCCACACCACCUCCCAGACCCUGC